AACUCCCAGCGCUCCGCGGCGCGGCCCAGCGGCGGCCGAGGAGGCGAGAGAGGCUGCCCCGGGAGCCGAGUUCUCCUUCAGGCCGCAGCAUGAACGGCAGCGUGGCGGGCGGCGGCGGCAGCUACGCCGAGGAGAUCAUCAGCCUCACCCGCAGACCCUCAGGGUUGGGCUUCAACAUUGUUGGUGGGACAGAUCAGCAGUAUAUUGCCAAUGACAGCAGCAUCUAUGUCAGCCGGAUCAAAAAGGAUGGGGCAGCUUACCUUGAUGGCCGUUUACAAGAAGGAGAUAAAAUUUUAGCGAUCAAUGGCAAAGACUUGAAGGAUCUGCGGCACAAGGAUGCUGUGGAACUGUUCAGGAAUGCAGGCUAUUACGUGUCUCUGAAAAUUCAGCGCAGGUUGCAGCCACAGAAUGGCCCUGUGGGUCAUCGAGGAGAUGGAGAAUCAGGUGGGCUUCCUCUAGCAGCCAUUCUUGUGCCAGGCCUGGCGCUUGCUGUGACAGCAGUCUGGAUCUUGCUGAGGUAUCGACAGCGGAUGUGAAGAGGUCACGUCUGGGAUAUCACUGCGUGUUUUACACAGCUAUGAUGUGAUUUAAAGAUAAGAGAAUCAACGAUCUUGUCACAGACUGAUGCCAGAAAGGAUCAUUGCCUAUCACCAAAGCUGCUGCUGAUGUUCUUAUAUAUUGAUUUUGUUGCAGGGUGGAUAGAAGCAGAGAGAAAAAAGGGAAGGGAGAAGACUGUGUUUAUGUAAAGAGUGGGAUAGCUGUAUUUUUUGACAAAUCUGAGGAGGUUUUGCCAUCCUCCUCUAUUUUGCACCGUGAACUUUCAAACACACUCAUCUAUUCCACAUUUUAAGAUGUAACUUUUGGUUAAAGGGAGUGGGAGUUUGGGUGGUUUUAAAUCAAAAACAUUUACUAGAGGCUUUGCCUUGUUUCCACAGAAUUUUUUUUUGAAUCUAAUGAAUUCUGUCUGAACCAUGAAUAAAGAGAAACAAUGCAAAGGGUA